AUGUCUUCAGACAACGACUACGACAAGCUCACGAAGGAUGAGAGAGAGGCACGUGAUAAGGCCGAUAGGGAACGCGAGGCGGCCGAACAGGCUGCUCUCCCAUACAGAUGGAAGCAAGAGUUAGGCGAAGUCGAUAUUACUGUUCCUGUUCCGAAAGGGACACGGGCCAGAGACUUAGUCGUUGUCAUUCAGAAGAAGAAACUUAGCGUUGGUCUUAAAGGUCAGGAAAAAAUUAUGGAAGGCGAACUCUGCAAGGAGAUCAAACUCGAGGACAGCACGUGGACACUCGAGGAUCAGCAGUCUCUUCUUAUCCAUCUAGAGAAACUGAAUCAACAGCAGUGGUGGGACAAUAUCCUCACACAUCACCCUAAGAUCGACACUCGCAAGAUCCAGCCAGAGAACAGUAAGCUCAGCGACCUUGAUGGAGAAACCAGAGGCAUGGUCGAAAAGAUGAUGUUUGACAACCAACAGAAGCAAAUGGGAAAACCUACCUCAGACGAACUGAAGAAGAUGGAGGCAUUGAAGAAGUUCCAAGCUGCUCAUCCUGAACUCGACUUCUCGAACGCCAAGAUCUCAUAA